GCAGUAACGGAAGAGAACUGCGCAAUCGCUGAAAUUCCCUCCGUCCGGCAUUAUUGAAGCAGCAACCGGACAGAGUGGACGCUAGAAGCUCGAAAGAUACCGCGUCAGUUUACGAAUUUAUAUACAGUGAAAUUUUUGUAAAUAUAUAAUAAGAAUUAUUUCACAUAAAAUACAAUGAGCAAAUCAAAGGAAUCGUCAGCUACAGAAGGAGAAGCAGAAGAAGAAUUCAGCGUUGAAAAGGUUCUUGAUAGAAGAGUUGUAAAAGGAAAGGUAGAAUAUUUUCUUAAAUGGAAGGGGUAUUCCAAUGAUGAAAACACAUGGGAACCUGAAGAAAACCUCGAUUGUCCUGAUUUAAUAGCACAAUUUGAGGAACAGCGAAAAAAGAAAGAAGCAGCAGCUUCUGGUAAAAGACACGAAGAAAAGGAACAAAAAAAGAGAAAGAGUUCUAGCACUCCUACACCAACACAAGCAAAGAAAAAAGCAACUGAAGAAAAGAAACCAGAAGGAUUUGACAGAAACUUAGACCCUGAACGUAUUAUCGGAGCAACAGAUUCAAGCGGGGAACUCAUGUUUUUAAUGAAAUGGAAAGGCACAGACGAUGCCGAUUUAGUACCUGCUCGUGUUGCCAACGAAAAAUGCCCCCAAAUAGUAAUUAAAUUUUAUGAAGAACGCCUAACAUGGCACAGUCCGGCUCACGAUGAAGAAAGUUCAGCGAAACCUGACCAAGAGUAGCAUUUAGUAUUACAGUAUAUGUACACAGCACGCUUUAGAAUUUGUCGCAUAUAACGACAAAUUAUAAUGCGUGGUUUUUUGUAAAUUAUCUUUGAAAUAUAUUAAUGUUGCACUGUGAGAAUAACAAA